AUGACCGAAACAGGCUGGGUCAAAUGGGUUUGUCUCAAUCACUGUCGCUCGAUGUAUGAAGAAAAAGGACAGAAGGUAUUUAUAAAUGCAGUGAAAGUGAAUAAUGGCGAAUAUAACCGGCAUCUUGGUAAAGUAACUAUCACAUUGGGGUCCAGAGAGAGAGCUAAAGAGCUCUUCGAUGCACUAACCAGUUCAAGACGAGUUUACGAGUUGGAUAUCACAUUUGGCUGGGAUUGGACGGAGAUUGAUCUUGAAGCAUUUGAGAAUGCUUUGGCAGUGUCGAGUGUAUCGAAUCUUCGACUUGGGCUUACACGAACUCAAAGGAAUGCUGGUAUAAAAGACUCUUCAAUAUCCGCGCAAUAUGAAAAGCUUAUUCGCAUUAUAGAGCUCAGUAAUAUGAAAACAAUCCAUAUUGCUCUAACUCAGGACCACAUAAAGCUUCUCAGUUUACGGCCCAGAAGAUCGUCAUGUCUUCAAAAACUGACGUAUGAGAUGGAGGCUCAAUGGAUUGGAGUCAUUGAUUUACAAGGACUUGUAAAUUCACUCAAGACUGGCACGACAUUGACGAUUUUGAACUUGAGUGACGGCUCAAUCGAGGAUGAAGGAGCUCUGGCACUGUCAGAGGCACUCAAGGUUAACACUAGUUUGACGACAUUGGACUUGUGGUACAACUCGAUUGGGGAUGAAGGAGCUCUGGUAUUGUCAGAGGCACUCAAGGUUAAUACUAGUUUUAUGACUUUGAACUUGGAUAGCAACCCGAUUGGAAAGGAAGGGACUCUGGCAUUGUCAGAGGCACUCAAGGUUAAUACCAGUUUGACGACUUUGAACUUGGAUAAAAACUCGAUCGGAAAGGAAGGAGCUCAGGCAUUGUCAGAGGCACUCAAGGUUAACACUAGUUUGACGACAUUGGUCUUGGAGUUCAACUCAAUUGGGGAUGAAGCAGAUCUGGCAAUUUCAGAAGCACUCAAGGAAAACGCGGUUUUAACUCAAUAA